CUGCUCGGGAGCGGAUUGAGGACUCCCCCAUCAGACGAGAUGAGCACUGUUUUCCAACCUCAGCUGGCUUCUUACGAUAGCCAUGCUAUUCACAACUAUCCUGCUGCAGUACCUCAAGCUGCCCGAGCAACCGCCGCCAUAAACGAAACGAGGGGCUCUCAAUACUACCGCUAUCCCUCCGCCCAACCUCAGCAACCACAACAGCAGCAACCCCAGGCCCAUCAUGGCCACUACUCCUACCAACAGCAGCAGGCAACUCAUCCGCAGCACGAACUGCAUCCCGUCCCUCACGCCUCUCAGUCUCGAAACGGCUCCGUCUCGUCCGCAACACAGUCGAUUUGCUCUUCUCGACAAACACUCCGACCCUCGUCACCAUCUUCUACAUCGACCAUGACACGGGGCAAGGAUGAAUCUGAAUCGCUGGUCUCUCACAGCCUGCAGAUUCCCAAGUGCAUUAGCCCCGCAGGCGGCAAUCUCUCAGAUUUCGCUGCUCAGAUGACAUGUUUGUUCUGGUUCGAGUCAAUUGAGGAGCUCAAGCAGGCCGAGACUGUUCGCGCGAGGGGUCCCAAUGCCAUCAUCUCCCGGCUCCCUUCACUCGCCAAGCCCUACGAUCAAUUCCGCAAAUGGGUCUACAACGUUCUUUCAACGACCCAAGUGACGCAAAAUGUCAUCCUGCUCGCUCUGCUGUUUAUUUACCGGCUCAAGAUGUCGACGCCCCAAAUCAAGGGGCGGGCAGGAAGCGAAUAUCGACUGCUCACAGUUGCCCUCAUGCUCGGGAACAAGUUCUUGGACGAUAACACAUACACGAACAAGACCUGGGCUGAGGUCUCAUGCUUCGCAGUGCAGGAAAUCCAUGUUAUGGAGGUCGAGUUCCUGAGCAACAUGCGAUACAACUUGGUGGCAACCGAGGACCAAUGGAAAGAGUGGUUGGACAAGCUGGCCUGCUUCCACGAGUACUACGAGCGAGCUACGCGACUGCCAGCGUCACCAAUUCUCAUCCCUUCGCCAACCAACAAGGCCUAUCACUCGCCCAUCCCCUCACCGACGGCGAUGCAGCCCGCCGUGAACCUGCCUGUCACGCCGACUGUCACGACGAGCAACUUUUCACCCAGCUCGAGCCACUCGGCAAAUUGGAACGCCUACCAUUCGAAUGCCGUCUCCCCGCUCGCUACGAAGCCUAACCUUCAGUUUCCCGUGUCACGAAAGCGCAGCCCCGAGGGCGAGGUUAUGGACCACCCCGCGAAGCGAGCUGCUGCCCCUCAGCGAGUCCAGGCACCCGUCAUGGCUCCUGUCAACCCGAGAUCCAACGGCAUCAUGGAGCCGUCCAGGCUGCCUGCUCCUCAUCUUACUGUGAUCACCGAGCAGCCUCAGCCUACGUCGGCACCCUUCACUGGUGGCAACAUGGGCCUCAAUGGAUAUCCUCAGGCGGCACAGCAGGUCGCAGCCACUCCUUCGGUUCACGUCUCUCUCCCUCCACUGCAGACCGGUGUGCGCGCCAUGUCGACAGUCUAUCCGCCGGCACCCGCGGCUAUGGUUCAGCAGCCCCCUCUGCCUACUACUACGGCUGUUACCUUGUCCCAAGGUGGCUUUCCUUCUCACGCUCCGGCCAACUAUGGCACUCCUGCGAGACACACCAGCCCUGGACGCCUUGUCCCAUUCAACUCUUCACCAGUGCCCGACCAGUACAGCCAGGCUUCGGCUGUUCACACCCCAAUCGCACAUACACCUAUCUCGAACUCGCCGAGUGUCUACCUGCAGCAGCGACCUAGUCCGUACAAGCCUGUUCGUCACGUAAACACACUCCUGUACCCGCCUCCCUCGGCCUCACUGGAGCAGUAUCACCUCUCGGUGCCAGUUCCUCCGAACCAGAUGCACUAUCAACCUCUGGGACGACGCAACGACCUCCGGACUGGUAUUGUGCCCGAGUUCCUCGUCUACAACCGCGGUCAGCCCCAGCACCAGUCGCUUCCGCAUCAUGGCCUUCCUCAAGGGCACUAUCUGUCUUAGGGAUGGCGGGAUUACCCUUAACUGGCUUUGAGUCAACUGGAGCUACUCGGCUCCAAACUUCUUUCUAAGGAUUGACAGGCUUUGAUGUAGGGGAAUGGGGUCUAAUCAAACUCUCUCAAUCCUCUUUCUGUUUUGCUUUUCAUCGCUAGAUUUUUUUGCUGUAUUUAACCGAAAUUAUGGAUGCAUGGCUCAGGCGUUUAGGAAGGAAAGGAACCAGGCCUGGAAAGGCUCAGCAGGCCAUCAGAACAUGGACUUCAUAGGGAAAGGAUCGAGGCAUUAAGGAUCAUGGAUGCAUUUUUCUUGGCGUUAUGUGGCUUUUGGGUGAUGGACCUGGUGAAAGCCGUUCGAGGCUGAAAUGAAUGGCACUCAGGGGAGUGCAUUUGCGAUGCGUCUGGCUGUCUGGAGUAGCAGCUCUCAGACCACGCAAGAUAUCCAUCAUGGUUGGAUCUCCUCUUGUAACGCCUGCGGAGGCAUGGCGUUUCAAUAGACGCAAUGGAAUGGUCAGCAAUGACGGGACUUAGAAUAGAUGAGACAUGGAAAGUCAAUUGAUGACCCUGCCGAGAGCGGUUGAUCACCCGAA